CUUUUUACUCUCCAAAACCAUCAUUACAGCCUCUUGCUCCCUCUCCCUUUCACUGCUUCACAUCUCUCACAAAAGGCCCCUCUCUCAUUGGUGGCAAAAUGGCGAAUUCAGCAUCGGGAAUGGCUGUGAACGAUGAAUGCAAGCGCAAGUUCUUGGAGCUAAAGGCAAAGAGAAGCUACAGGUUCAUUGUCUUCAAAAUCGAAGAAAAGAUUCAACAGGUUGUGGUAGAGAAGCUAGGUGGACCAAGCGACAGCUAUGACGAUUUAAGUGCCAGUUUGCCUGCUAAUGAGUGCCGUUAUGCCGUCUAUGACUUCGAUUUCACUACUGACGAAAAUUGCCAGAAGAGCAAAAUUUUCUUCAUUGCAUGGUCUCCGGACACAUCGAGAGUGAGGAGCAAAAUGCUGUAUGCCAGCUCCAAGGAUAGGUUCAGAAGAGAGCUGGAUGGUGUUCAAGUUGAGUUGCAAGCGACUGAUCCCAGUGAAAUGAGCUUUGACAUUGUCAAAGGGCGAGCCCUCUAAACAGAUGGAAUCAUUCAGCUCAUCUCCUCGCUUCUUCAACCUUCUUAAAAGCAUGCUUUGGGGGGGCCAUAAUCAUCAAUCUAAUGUUAGUUUCAGAACCGGUUGAACAUAGAUACAAACUACUGCUACCAUUUUCCUCUAAACUGAAAUAGUUUGGCUGCCAAGAAAAAAAGGGGGAUUGCCAUGACUCACCCCAUCUUCAGUUUGAGAAGAAUUUGGUUGGUUUUUUCCAUUUGUUAAGUGAUGUUGUUGAAAGGUUGAUUAAAUUAUGAGAAGGGAUCACCAUUUUUAUAUCCCUUUGUUUUUUUCAAUAUGUCUCUCUCUGCUCCUCGCUUUUAACUUGGGGUAAUUUUGUGUAAUUUUUUUUUUUUAAAAAGAAGGAUGAAUCAAUCCUUCUUUCUUUUUGCUAAUUUGCUCAUCUUGUA